UAUGACUCCGCGGUCAACAGGCCGAGGCCCGGGACGGGAGCGGAGAAGGCAGCAGGCAGCAACCGGAGAAUCACAACCCCGACACGGCCCAACGACUGAUUCAGACAAAUGGCAGAAAAUGAAGACCAUAACCAGGGAGCUGAAGAACAAAACAUUACAUCUGAGCAAGACAAGCACACUUCCGAACAUGCCAUAAAAAUUCAUGAAGUGUCAGAUGAGGGCCGUUCUGAAGAGUCUGCAGAUGGAAUAGAUGGUACAAAAUCCAGAGAAUAUAUUGUUGAGUUACCUUCAGGGUAUGAUACGGGAGCAACUUCAGUAUCCACAGCUAGUUUGAUUGAUGAAGAAACAGUAAAUAAAACAUCAGAAGAAAUUAUGUCAAUAGAGAGUCCUGAAGUUAUCAAUCCAACAGAAGAAGGUCUUGAAUCCCCAGAACAAAAUGUUGGGGAAAAUCCUGUAGGUGAAGUCACAGCUGUUGAAACGGUGGUAGAAAAGGAUGUUACAACAGAAGACACAGCAUCAGCAGGUGGUGCUGACAUGAGCAAACCAGAGAUGGCAAGAGAAGGGCUUAUAACUGUUGACUGUACCAAAAUUGGAACAGAAAACUCUUUAGAAGCUGAGUCUGAGCAAUCAAAUAUGAAGUCAGAAGAUAUGACAGUGAAAACAGACACACUAGUUUUGGACUGUUCUAAAUGUGCUACAACAGAAAGCCCCACACCAUUUGUCUCAAAUGAGUGUCCAGAAGCAGAAGAACCAGAAACUGAACCUGCAAUAUCUUGUGACGAGUUAAGGGAGAAACUAGAAGCACAGAUAGCUGCCAUUGCGGCAGUGCAUGGUAAAAUUGAACCGGAAAAGACUAGUGAAACACUGGUUUCCAAAGGAACAGAUGCUACUGAGUGCUUGGUUUAUCGAACUCCACCAACUGCUGCUGACAGAGACUUAAAAAAGAGAUCAGUACUACAGGCAUAUCCUCCGCUACCAAAGACCCCACCACCAGACAUUGCAAGUAGUACAGCCACAGUCAAAGUUGCCCUACUUCCUACUGGUGAUGUUAUGACCGUGGCACUUCCCAUCUGCCUUACAACAGGGAAGCUAAAAGCGCGAUUUGGAAAAGAGUUGAAAGUACCAGCAAAUAAACUGGAAAUAACAUGUGACAGCAAAAUAGCCAAGGAUUCUGAAACACUGGUUGAUUUAGGAGUCAGACCACAUGGCUCUAUCCAGCUGGAACUGACAUCUGUUGAUCCUGAAAACCACCCAAUCAAACUAAUUAGGCCACAGCAGGAAUCUACCACAUCUGAUGUGAUAACUGUCACCAUUCAAAAAGAUAAUGAUACUUAUUUCUGUGUGGUGGUGGAAAUCGAAAGACGUCCUUAUCACAAGCCUUUUUUAGGUGGUUUCAAGCACAAACUUACAGGAAAAGAAUUUCAUCAUGCAGGAACACAGACUCCAAACAAAAAAGCAAACUGUUAUUGUGUGGAGAGAUUCUGCAGGGAAACACAGACAGUUUCUGACAAGAAUCAGUAUCAGCAAACAGCAAAUGACACAUCCACACAGAUGACCAAAAUUGGCUGUUAUGUGUCCAAUAUCACAGACAAAUUGGUUACUCCGGGAAAAUACUUCACUGCUGCACAAUACCAUGCUCGGAGGUUGAAAGCGGUAAUUGUGCUGCAGACCUACUUUAGACGCUGGGCUGCUAAGAAUUAUGUACAACAACUGAGGAUGCAAAGGAAUCGGAGGAUACAAUGGGAACAGGAGCAAGAACUGAAAAUUAAAAUGGGAAAGCAAGAAUACUUGAAGAGACAGUAUGAAAGAAGAAUGAACCCUAAGACAAAGGAAGAUUUUGAUCUACUCUUUCAUGCCUUGGAAGUGUGGAAGCAGGAGGAGCUGAGUAACAUAAACCGUACUCUUACUGGACCUGAGAGAAAAGCAGCUCUUUACACGCUCCUUGAACAAGAAGCACAGCUCAUUGCAUCAAUUUCUCGACACAAAAUUGAUGCUGCUAAAGAAACUGGACCAAAACUAAUUCAGAAUCUUUUGAAUAAGUGUGCAGAUCCUAUAAGGUGGAAAGCAUACGAUGGGAGAGUUACUGAAAUGGACACACCGUUCACUAUCCGGGCCAGAGAGUUACGAGAUAUUUACAACAGUAUUAACAUGAAAUAUUUGACCCAGGAUGAGAGGCUGGAUGCUCUUUUGACACUAAAGCACACGGUCAAGGAACAUGACUGUAAGUUAACACAAGAAAUUGUGGAAUUGAUUGACAGAGAGGCAGAUCUUCUCAUGAGACAAGUAAAGGAAUCUUACCUGGAAGGACUCAGACAGAGAAUAUCAACACUCUUUCUUCAGUAUAUAAAAACACCAACAUUUAACCCAGAAAUCGCCAGAUUUCUUAAGGUGCCACAGGAUCCAAUGCAAUUGCGCAAAAAUAUUUACUUCUGUUCAAGCUGUGGAAGCUAUUUACCAUCCACAGAGUUCCCCUUGUCACUAACUUCACAGACUCUUAAAAUAUGUCGACAAUGCUAUAAACUGAAUAAUGAAGCUCGACGUCGUGAAGAAUCAAGCUUGUACAAAACGAUGCUUAAGCGGCUGAGAAAAUCUGAGGCAAACUUUGAAGAUGGAUCCCAGCUGGCAUUCUUAUUACAGGAACAAGAUUUGAAGCAUCUGGUUGACAGUAUUUGGGGAACACAAUCUGCACUGAGUGCUUCAAAGAAUCUGAAAGAUUUAACAAUGAUAAGGUGGGACAAAAGGUUUGAGUGGUCACCAUGGAACUGUAUCCUGCUGACAGAAGAGGAAGCUGUGGCCCAUCUUAAACUUAACAAUAUUGAAAAGGAUUAUGAGGCCACAUUCGUUCGCAAGAUCAAGCACCGGCACACUUUGGGAAAGACUUAUUUUUCUCGGAUUCCUGAAAUAGUCAAUUAUGCACACACUUGCUUGAUGCAAGACUUAACUUCCACGAAUAAUCUUGUCGUUACAAAUUCACUUAAUUCUAAACGGAAGUUGUAGUUGUUAGACAGCCUUGUUGCGAUGUUUAAUUUCAAUUAAAAAUGACAGACUUGUUGAAUAAAAUCUGUAAUUCAAUUCCAUUGUCAUCAAUUAUAGGUGUAUAUUCGUAACCCUAAUUGAUAUUUUCAUAGUUUAUAGUUGAUUAUAUUACAUGAACCUCAUAGACUCAAGAAAGACAAAUGAACUGAAGUGUAACUGAAACUAAAUUUAAAAUCCUUUAUGUACAAAAUUUUCUUCAACAUAACUGAGCAUAUUCAGUCCUAAUACUUUCAGACCAGAAUUAUUUCCACAGGCACCAGAAUUACACAAAAUAUUUGGUAUGGUAUUCACACAGAGAAAACAAUAAGUCCUACAACCAUUUGGGUAUGCACCGG